AUGACUCCCUCCAAAUAUGAGACCCUCACUGAAAUUAUUAACACUGCUCGAGAAAGGGAGAUAGAGCUAAAGAAACAGAUUAAAAGGGGUGAGAGAAGGGCUCAGGUGGUUAAUCUAAGCCCUAUGAUAAAGGCACGUACGACUGAGUCGUUAAAGAAGCAAGAAGGAAAAAGCGGUUCGCCUAGUUGUAAAGUAUGCGGGAAAAGGCACAAGGGUGAGUGCCGGUUUAAGGACAAACCGUGUCCUAUUUGUGGGAAAACAGGGCACACGGCUGCGUUGUGCCCGGGGAAGGUGUCGGUGUGUUACAAAUGUUAUCAGCCGGGUCACAAGAAGUCUGAGUGCCCGGAGUUGAUCGGAAAGAAAGAUGGCAAGGAUACACAUACUGAGACACCAAAAGCAAAAGCUAGAUCCUUGCAGUUAACAGCAGCGGAGUCGAAAAAGGAACCCGAUGUGGUUUCAAGUAUAUUUGCUAUAAAUUUAAUUCCCGCAUAUGUGUUAUUUGAUACAGAGGUGGAAAUAGGUGACAACAAAAGUUUCAUUGUGUGUGAUGUAUGCCAAGAUUGUAAGAUAAAUAUUGAUGAUGAAGAGUACUCAAUAAACUUGAUCCCGAUGUCAAUGGGAGAAUUUCAAGUAGUGGUCGGGGUGGAUUGGUUAUCUCGACAUCAUGCGGAAGUGGUAUGUUUCGGCAAGGAGAUAAAAUUGACAUCUCCAAGUGGAAAACACGUUACCGUUUAUGGCGAAAAAGGGGGUAAUCCUGUUAUGUGCACGAUGCUAAAGGCUCACAAACUCAUGAGGCGUGGGUGUAGAGCAUUCAUGAUAUAUGCAAACAAACCGGAUGAAGAAACGCCAAAGAUUGAAUAUGUACUGAUGGUACGUGAAUACGCCGAUGUAUUUCCGGAGGAUUUACUGGGAAUACCGCCAGAACAGGAGGUAGAGUUCGGAAUCGAAUUGAUUCCGGGCGCGAAACCUGUGGCCAAGGCACCGUAUCGGCUCGCGCCAUCAGAAUUGCAAGAAUUGAUGUCCCAAAUUUAA